AUGGAGGUCAAAAACGACGCCGUUAAGCUCUCCAAGUCUAGAUUCAAGAGGGUCUGUGUUUUCUGUGGGAGUAGUACUGGGAAGAGGGAUUGUUAUAGAGAUGCCGCCAUUGAAUUGGCUCAUGAGCUGGUUGCAAGGAGAUUGGACCUUGUUUAUGGUGGUGGGAGCAUUGGGCUCAUGGGUUUGGUUUCUCAAGCUGUUCAUCGAGGUGGACGAGAAGUCAUCGGGAUAAUACCGAGGACCCUGAUGAGCAAAGAGUUAACUGGCGAAACAGUUGGGGAGGUAAAGCCAGUGGCCGACAUGCACGAAAGGAAAGCAGAAAUGGCCCGCCAUUCUGAUUGUUUUAUAGCUCUUCCAGGUGGUUAUGGGACUUUGGAAGAGUUAUUGGAAGUUAUCACUUGGGCUCAACUUGGGAUUCAUGAUAAGCCAGUGGGUUUGCUGAAUGUUGAUGGUUACUAUAACUAUCUUUUAACGUUCAUUGACAAAGCUGUGGACGAUGGCUUCAUAAAGCCAUCUCAACGUGGUAUCAUAGUUUCUGCUCCAAACGCCAAAGAACUUGUUCAGAAGCUUGAGGAGUAUGUACCUGUGCACGAUGGGGUUAUAGCCAAGGCAUUGUGGGAGGUUGAGCAGCAGCAGCCACAGCCACCAGUGGGGUUUAGUGCCACCAAAAUGCAGACCCAAAUAGCUCUCUAGAAAAACAAGAGACAUGAAAGAAAAAAAAACUGGAAAAAGGGUUUAUUUUUUUAGUCUUUUUUUUUUUUUGGGUUUAAUCGUCUUGCCUUUGAUUUGAUUUUGGGUUUCUCUCACAUCAAUCAUUCCUUAACCSAUAUGGAAAAUUCAGAAAUGGCCCAAACUAGAAGUUGCCUCUCUCUCUUGGCUUGUAUUUUGAUAUUGCUCUCCGUGUACAAAAAGAUUAUAUAGAAUCAAACUCCAAAACAAUUGUGCCAUGU